UGCUGACCGCUGUGCUGCGUAAACGGUACUGCACUAUGCUACUUAGCAUAUUUGGCCAUCAUCCUCUUUGUCACUGUCACAGCACAGUGGCAGCAAAGGCGAGGAGAUAAUCGACUGUGGUAGCAUAGUAGGUUCUGUAUUUAAGCGUCCCGGCUUGGAAUUCAAGAAACCUUUCUUGUAAAACGAACUUUUGUUAAGCAGCUAUGGCAGAACCAGAACUUCUGUUGGACUCCAAUAUUCGUCUGUGGGUGGUCCUGCCCAUCGUCUUCAUCACCUUCCUUGUUGGAGUGAUUCGACAUUAUGUCUCAAUUCUGCUUCAGACUGACAAGAAACUGACAUUAGAGCAGGUGUCAGACAGCCAGGUCCUUAUCAGGAGCAGAAUUCUUAGAGAAAAUGGAAAAUACAUCCCUAAACAGUCUUUCUUGAUGAGAAAAUUUUACUUCAACAAUCAAGAGGAUGGAUUCUUCAAAAAAACCAAGAGGAAGGUCGUUCCUCCUUCUCCAAUGACAGAUCCCAGCAUGCUGACAGACAUGAUGAAAGGCAACGUGACAAACGUGCUUCCCAUGAUUCUUAUCGGCGGUUGGAUCAACUGGACCUUUUCAGGAUUUGUCACAACCAAGGUACCUUUCCCACUAACCCUACGCUUCAAGCCCAUGCUGCAACAAGGAAUCGAGCUGCUCUCUCUUGAUGCCUCCUGGGUCAGCUCAGCGUCCUGGUACUUCCUGAAUGUGUUUGGUCUCAGAAGCAUGUACUCCUUGAUUCUGGGACAAGAUAACGGUGCGGAUCAGUCCAGGAUUAUGCAGGAGCAGAUGAGUGGGGCUGCUAUGGCCAUGCCUGCUGACACAAAUAAAGCCUUCAAGGCCGAGUGGGAGGCACUUGAGCUAACCGACCACCAGUGGGCGCUGGAGAGUGUUGAGGAGGAACUGAUGAGCAAGGAGCUGGACUUAGAGGGAAUGUUUAGCAAGGAUCUGCCUACUGGCAUCUUCUGAUUGGCUGUUGACCACUACAGGGAACUGUUUACCACUGGGCACACAUACGUUUUUCUUUAAUGGAAGCAAUUAGGGGUGCAGAUAAUUUACAUAGAGAUGAAAUAGUGUGUCUUCUGAGGUUUUAUGGAACAUCUAUGUACAUUUGUGUGCAAUCAUUGACCUUUCAAUUGUUUUAUGCUGCUGCUGUUGCUGUCUCAAUGUGAUAUUGAAAUUGAAUGACUUCAACGGGACAGUUUUGUGAAGUCAGUGUUGAAAGAAAACAAUACAGAAACUGUAUGUCCUACAACGAUAUCACUCCUUUUAGUUUUUGAAAUGUUAUGAUUAGUCUUUUUUCAUCACUUAGAAUUAUUAUUGAUAUAUUUGUGUUUUGUUUAACCAGAAGACACAAUAGUGACAUUACUAAACGGAUGUGAAAGGAUACUACUGUUGCGAAGCAUUCCACAUUCACAUUGUAUAACCAUUCCUUUUAUUUUAAGCAGCAUUGUGUGUUUGACAUGACUGGCAGAUCUUAGGUUGAACUAAUUUGUGUGUUUAUUAAUGCAGUGUGUUACUUUUUUAAUAUUUAUUUUUAGCAAUUUUAUGAUGUAACAAUUCCCUUGCUUUUGUAUAAAGAUCAAUUUCCCUA